AUCACAUAGCCUUUACGUCAUGCGGACGUAAUACUGCUGCAUUCUUGCUGCAGUUAUUACUUUAACUAAGUAAUAACAAAGCAAGUAAUGUGUUUUGCCAAGUAAAUAAGUACAAGUAACUUAAUCUUAAGUUAGCGAUAGAGUGACUGACGGUUUAGGUACCUUAAAUGUGGUUAAUGGACAAAUUGCGCUAUUAAUUAUUGCAGUCAUGUUUUAAUGUGGUCUCGUAAGGCAGCUCGUAAUACAUCGAGCGAGAUGCAGUCGCUGACCGGUCGGGCUUAAGGCAACCCGUGCGUACGCGCAACUCCGGCGUGCGGUAGUGAUUGUGACGCGAUCGGAUUGAACCACUUAAUUUUCAUUGAGGGCUCGUCCUGUGAACGGAACACGUGAUUAUGGCGAUAAGAGUUGCGCAGCUGUUAAUGCUGGCAGUAUGCCUGUGUCGCACAGAAUCUUCACCGUUCCCAAAAGGCAAGCGGGCGUUUACUUUGGAAGAAGUAGUGCCAUUGAAAGACUUCUUCCCGGAGAGGCUGAGCGUGCAAUGGAUCUCAGAUACGGAAUAUAUCCGCAGAGAUCCAGGUGCCGGGGUGCUAAAAUACAAUGCGGCGUCCCGUUCUCUCACCACGGUGCUAAGUGAGAUGGACUUAUUCCUUCUACAAGACAAGAUGGUGUACACAUUUUCGGAAGAUGGAAACUAUGCAUUGCUGAUAUCCAAUAAGAAAAAGGUCUACCGAUAUUCGUUUAUUGCAACCUAUCACUUGUUGUCCCUCAAAGAUAAGUCUGUCCAUAGUAUUGGUCAUGGAUUACCUCUCCAAGUUGUGGUUUGGAGCAAGAGCGGAGCUUUGGCCUAUGUCAAGGACAACAAUGUGUUCUAUGUACCGCAACCGGAGCAGUCGGACACAAUUAUCCAGUUGACAAAUCAAGGAGUACCGGGAGAGGUCUAUAUUGGAGCUACGGACUGGAUUUACGAAGAGGAGGUAUUCAAUGCAGCAGAGGCAAUGUGGUUCUCAUCAAACGGCACUUAUCUCGCUGUGGCAUCGUUUAAUGACACUUGCGUAGAAUCAGCCGUUUACCCUUACUAUGGUAACUCUUCGGAGCAGUAUCCCGAAUUGGUCGAGUUCAAAUAUACAAAGGCAGGUCGCGUCAAUCCCAGUGUUGGACUGCAUGUCUUCAAAUUGGAUGAUCUUCAUAGUGAGCCAUGGAAUAUACCAGCUCCGGUAGAUGUUGUUGGUCUAGAUCAUAUCCUGGGUAGAAUCACUUGGGCAUCCGAUUCAAAUCUUAUAGUAUUAUGGCUGAACAGACGACAAAGCAUCAGCAUUCUAGUCAACUGUGAUCUGAAGCAGGACAAAUGCAGUAUGAUUAAGGAACACAGAGAGCCUAAUGGUUGGAUUGACAUCACUCAACCAUUUUUUGAUGAAUCAGGAACGAAAAUGAUUGAAAUCCAGCCAUUGUAUCAUGGCGAUCAAAGAUUCUCACAUGCAGCUCGAUUAGACUUUAAUACUCGCGCCAUUGAAGAUUUGAGUCCCGGAAAUUCAACGGUUACAGAAAUAUUGGGAUGGGACCAAGAUAGUGAUACCAUUUAUUAUAUAGUAUCUCCCUCAAGUUUACCCUGGCAAAGGCAGUUGUGGGCUUCCUCAGGAGGUAUAGUGCGGUGUGUCACUUGUAAAGAACCAGCUUGUCAUUACGUUUCAGCCAUGAUUUCCCAUAAAGCUAGUUAUGGCAUUGUAACUUGCGGAUCAUCAAGUACUGUUCCUAAAAUAUUCUUAUACGAUUUUAAGAAUGGAAUUGUUGAAACAAUUAAAGAUAACUUGAUGCUGGCACAGAAGUUGAGUCAUUACAAACUUCCAUUGACUCUGUUCAACAUUGUACCAUUAGAAGAUGAUGUAGUGGCACAUGUGGAGCUUUUAUUACCACCAGAUAUCGAACAGGACAAAAAGUACCCUAUGAUCUUGAGAGUCUAUGCUGGUCCAGGGACAACUAGAGUUAGAGAUGGUUUUGAUAUUUCAGAAUUCUACAAUAUGUACUUAACAUCGAAUCGAAGUUUCAUAGUAGCGGCGAUAGAUGUGAGGGGGUCUGGAGUGAUGGGCGUAGAGGCAAUGCAUGCAGUGAACACAGCCCUUGGAACAGUUGAAAUAACUGACACCCUACUGGCUAUUAAGUACAACGACAUUUAUGUUCGCUUUCGGUGUACAGUUUUUGACUGUUUAUUUUGUUUGUGAUCAGAGUAACUAAUACCCAUCAUAUUGGUCCUUUUUUUGUGAAACAGCUAUUUAUACUUAUAUUUUAUUUUUUUCUUAUAGUGUAUUAAUUCCUGUCAUAUUAUAGGCGGCUGUUAUCCCUGUACACGUUCAUCGAUCCCAAGCGCGUGGGCGUGUGGGGCUGGAGUUAUGGUGGCUAUGCGACCACAAUGAUGCUCAUUAAAGACGACGAAAAGAUACUAGCGUGUGGAGCAGCGGUCGCACCAGUCACAUCUUGGCUGUACUAUGACUCAAUAUACACGGAGCGAUACAUGGACACACCGCAGGCCAACCCCGUGGGUUACCAGCGGUCAGACGUAGUGUUGGCGGCUGAGAAGCUGCGCGGGCGCAAGUACCUGCUAGUGCACGGCACGGGCGACGACAACGUGCACUACCAGCACAGCAUGCAGUUGGCCAAGGAGCUGCAGCAUGCUGACAUCGAGUUCGAGCAAAUGAGUUACGCUGACGAAAAUCAUUCCUUGAUGGGAGUAAGCCGGCAUUUUUACCACACAUUGGAUCACUUUUGGACACAGUGUUUUCAAUCAUAACAACGUGAUAACUUAAGUUUACAAUAAAAAAAGUGCCGUGUUUUUGAGUUAUAAGAACGAUUAUUGUAUAUUGUGUAUAUAAUAUAUGAACUUGUAGUUCGUAAUUCAUAAAACAUGAAAUUAUUACUGGUGGUCAAAUAAAAGUGUUAAUUUUAAUGCAGUCAAUUAAUUAAGAUGUACCUAAUGUUUUAAAUGUUCUACCUAUUAAAAUAACUACUUAGAUGGUUAUACAAUAACGAAAUUUUAUUGAACUGUAAAAUAACCGAGCUUAUGUAAUAGAGGUAUUAUAAUUAUGUAUUUCCAAUUUCGGUUUAUCCAUUGUAAGAAAACCACUGAUCAAAUGUACAGAUCUCUCGAUGAAAAGUGCUAGGUCAUUGCCGAUUUAAUUUUAAGGAUAAUAAAUGUAAUUAUACGUAUAAUUUAUAAUAGGUAUUUCAUUAUACUUUAAAGUAAAACUUACCUAAGCGCAUAGUUGCCGCCACCGCGUAGGCCGGGAAUUGCUGUAUGACAUAUGUAAUAACUUGAUUUUGGUAUUUAUGAUUUUUUAACACUUUCGAGAUUAUUUAAAAACAACACUUGCUAUUUAUGAGUAGAUCUCGAGAAGAUUUUUUUUUUUAAUACGUAGGUACUUCACUAAACUACAAAAAAAAUACGUAAUAAAAUAACACUCUGCUAGCGGCAAAAGGCGGCUAUAUCAAAGGAACGCGCGGUACUUUUCAAAGAAAAAUCGCGUUUUUUAUUCUUGCCGUUUUUAUAGAAAUUUCGGGCGGCGCGUUUGACGAGAACAUUCGAAACUUUCGUUCACACCGAUAUAAAUGUUGCGCCUGCAGGAUUUGGAGUCAUUCUGAAUUGUAACUUGAAGUUCUUGAAGGCAAUACUACGUCGAUACAAAGUUUAUUAUUAAAUAGUACAAAAUGAGUGCAGCGAAGUAAUCUUAAACGUAUCAUUUUAAUAACGAUUGAGAGGAGGAAUUUUUCUUUUGUAUGGUGAAGGAUAAGUGCAUUUGUCUUAUUUGUCGUGUGUCAGUUGCAAUACCUCAUCAUAAAACGUUUCAUUUCAUUAUUAUAAAUGUAGAUAUAUUAUUAACCUCAUACUUCAUAUUAAGGCACUAAUAUUUAUAUGUAAACAAUUAAUUUCUUUAUACGUAACAAGUGUUCUCUUUUCUAUCGCUGUGUUCAUAAAAAUGAAUUUGAAAGGCCAAUAUCAUGUUUCUGAAGUGC